AUGUCGUCCGCUCGAGCGGGCUCGGUCAGACCGAGUGCAGGCAUGGAAAAUAUGGGCGAGUGGAUCUGUGCUGUCUUUCAGUCAGGGGGUAUGGGACAAGAGAUCGGGAUUACCUCCUUUGACAGAACAUCUGGCACUCUCGUCGAUGGUCAAACUUUCCCAAGGACCCUACAUCACCUCUUCCUGCAUCCACCCGUCACCGUCCUAGUUCCCGACAACGCUCUCGCUUCCUCCCUCACAUCGCGCCCAGGAGCCCGAAACUACCGAUCCUCCAAUGUCGCUGCCAAAGAUGAACCUAGCCUUCUCGUACAAUGUAUUGAAGCAAAGACGGGUAUCCAAUGUCAAGCUGUUCCCAGAGCGCAUUGGAACCGCGAUGAAGGAUUCACGAAGAUACAGGAGUACAUCGUCGAUGAUACUCAGAAGGCCGGAGUAUUUAUGACGGUUCAUUCCAAAUACUUUGCGGUCAGUGCAGCUUCCGCUCUGUACCACCACCUGUCUACAGUGCAGGGGAUCGGGUUCGCCCCCGGCAGUCAGAAGAUCAUAUACCAGGCAGCUGAAGGAACCAUGUUCAUCGACCCCGAUACGGCCAAGAAUCUAGAACUCGUCUGCAAUGCUAUCAGUCCGACCUCCAAAUCAAAUCUACUAGGCGUAAUGAAUAGAACCCAAACCAAGAUGGGAUACCGGGUUCUGAAAGCUUCGAUAUUGCAACCUUCAACUGUCCCUAAUAUCAUUGAAAAUCGUCUGGACGUCAUCGAAGAGCUAUUGCACAACGACGCAAUGCAUAACGGGCUGAAAACGGCUAUCAAAAGUAUCAGUGCAUUCGAUAUCGACAAUCUGCUUGCCCAGCUCUCGCGAAAAGUAUCGAGGGCGGACGCCAAAGCGGAUGAACAACGCCUGAGCCUUGUCCUAGCCUUGAGGUCUAUCACAAAGGCGAUCGAUCCUCUGACCGAAUCUCUCAAGGUCGCUAAGAGCGAUCUCUUGGUCAGUGCUAAGGAGAUGCUGUUGGAUCCGAGUACAAAAGAAAUUGAACGUUUGAUUGAUGAAAGCAUCAACGAGGAAGCCACGGCACAUCCUGGAAGAGCUCUCAACCAAAAGACGCUGAAGAUCUACGCAGUCCGAGCGAAUACAGAACCGAUGCUAGAUGUCGCUCGCGGCACAUACAAAGAGAACAUGGAAGAUAUACAUACGUUCAAGGAGGAGAUUACCGAGGAGUACAAGCUUCCAUUUGGACUUCAAUACGCAAGCGAUACGGGCUUCAAGCUGAGUAUCAAGGAGGAGGAGCUUAGCGGUCCACUCCCGAAGGGGUUCCGCCUGAUGUCGAAGAAGAACGGAAAAAUGUUUGUUACUCACGAACAUCUGCUCAAGCUCAACGCUCGUAUGAAGGAUUCGGAACGGGAAGCUUUCCUCAUGAGCGAAGAAAUCGUGAACAAACUGAUUGAUGACAUCGUGAACCAUAUUGCUUGCUUGUACUCGAUUUCCGAAGCCGUGGGCAAGUUGGACAUGCUGUUGAGUUUUGCAGACAUCUCUUUGUUUCAAAAAUACGUCCGCCCCAAAUUCUCGACUUCUCUCGCCAUCAAAGGUGGGAAGCACCCUAUUCUGGAUAAAAUGGCAAACUUUGACUGCGUUCCGAACGAUGUUUACCUAUCGCCUGGCUCCCAUUCAUUCCUUCUUAUCCAGGGAGCAAAUAUGGCUGGCAAAUCUACCUAUCUUCGUCAAGUCGCGUUACUCGUGAUCAUGGCCAUGUGUGGCUGCUAUGUCCCCGCUGAUUUUGCAAGUAUCAAGAUACAAGAUGCAGUGUUGACUCGGCUCUCCAAUGACGACUCGAUCGAAAGGUCCCUCUCGACCUUUGCGCAAGAGAUGGCCACCUCUGCGAUGAUUCUCGGUUUGGCCACAAAAGACUCUUUGAUCCUCAUCGAUGAAUUGGGAAGGGGCACCGCGCCUGUGGAAGGAGCAGGCAUAUGUCAGGCGAUCGCGGAAGAGCUGAUCCGUCGCAAGUCGUUCGUCCUGUUCGCUACCCAUUUCAGGGAAUUAGCGGAGACGCUCGGUCCCUUCCCAGGAGUCGACAUGUUGCAUCUUCAUAGCGAGGUGAAGAAACGGUCUGAUCGGAACCAGUUUGCAACAACCUAUUCGUACCGAGUCGUCAAGGGUGAAGAUACCAACGAUGGGCACUAUGGUCUUGAAUUGGCGAAAUUGGCGGCACUGCCUCAGGACAUGUUGGACGUCGCGGAAGAAGUCGCCUACAAGCUGGAAGAGGCGCAGAGAAAAGGUCAUGCUAGCUCCGAGAGCCGGUUCGCGGCUAUCAGAAGGAAAUUGCUGCUGAACCUCCAUGCCAAACUCAAGAAGGUCGUCGAGAUUUCCACCCUUCCCGACAAGGAAUUGAGGAUCUACCUGGAUAGUCUCCGACUCGAAACUCUGUCCGCGCUCAAGGAGGCUUACUUGCAACACCAUCGAGCCGAUGAAAAGGCCGAGGCGGAAAGUGAAGCGCAGAACCAGGACGACCAAGAGGGGGAAGAGGACGCUAAGCAGCAAGAUUCGGACAGCAUGGACACUUCUUCGGAUGAUGAGGAGUAGUAUCCGCAGUAGCAUAGAAGAAAAGCAGCGUUUGACCGGAAGCAUGUACGGCACAGCCAGCAAGAAUGUCGAAUGAAACAUGAAGAGC